AUGGUCCCUAAGGCAUUAACCGCCCGGCCAAGCAUUCCGCUAAAGAUUAUCCCUGGACGUAUCUUAACAUUCACCGAACUCCUAGCGGAUCGUCGAGCUAAAAUGCCACCCACAAACUUGGAUGGAGUAGAAAAUAUAUCAUCUCGAAGUAUUGCAAUCCCGAAAAAUCUCAAACUAAGGGCGUACAAUGCUAUGAUAAAGCCACUUCUAGUAUAUGGCUGUGAGAUCUGGACACUAACCAGCAGCCUAGAAAAAAGUGUGCAAAGAUUUGAAAGGAAAAUCGUCCACAUGAUAACUGAAAUCAGAGUACUAACACAUGGAGAAGAAAGACCAAUAAAGAACUACUUACAGAAACUGGUCAAUCAAUAUCCCAUGAUAUGA